GAGACACAAAGCUAUAAACCAUCCACUUAUGUCUUUAUUCUUAACCAGCCAAGAAGCAAAGUAGCUCGUCCAAAAAGAAGAUUCCCUGUUUGUUUGUAACACAGGUUUCUUUACCUAAUAGGAUUAUUACUACAGUUUAGUUUAAUUUUCAAUGCUUGAGGCUCGCACUAUAGAAUUAGCAGUAGCUCUAGAAGUCUUACCUUAGAAGCACUUCAAAUUCUUUUCUUCUCCAAACAUUUCUGCUUUUAGCUGCUGAAGCUGAAGAAUUCCUUCUUAUCUCAUUCCAAAAUCCAUCCUGAUCACCACCUUAAUUGAUUCUUUUCUUCUAAUUUCAAUUCCAAGCAAGAAAAAAAAUGGCCGAUGCAGCUAUUAGCGCUACUAUUCAGGUUGCAUUGGAGACGGUUAUUUCCCUUGCCGCUGAUCGUGUUAGUUUGGUUCUUGGAUUCGGAGAGGAGUUGGAGAGACUACGCCACACUGCAGAAACCAUCCGAGGUAUCCUGGCUGAUGCGGACAGGAAAAUGCAUAUUGCCGGGGUGAAAAAUUGGCUCGAGCAGCUUGAAGGAGAGCUUUUUAAAGCGGAGGAUGUGCUGGACGAGCUCAACUAUGAAAAUCUUCGUCGGGAGGUGAAGUACAGAAAUCAACUCAAGAAAAAGGUAUGCUUCUUCUUCUCGUACUUUAAUACAAUUGGUUCUCGUUCAAGGUUGGCUUCAAAGAUCAGGGACAUCAACAUGAACCUAGAAAGGAUCAAUCGGCAAGCAAAUGAUGUGGGACUGGUCUUCCGGUUCCAAAUUGAAGCCGCACUCCCUGCUGCUACUGGUGCCACAACAAGCAGACAAACCGACUCUAUUCUCGUUCCAAAUGUUGUAGGAAGAGUCGACGAUGAAUCAAAGAUUGUGGACAUGUUAUUGAGGCCAUCUGAAAAGGUUCUUUCUGUUAUUCCCAUAACAGGCUCAGGAGGUUUGGGAAAAACAACUCUGGCGAAAUCAAUCUACAAUAAUCCAAAAAUAGAUGGGCACUUUGGCCAAAAAAUUUGGGUUUGUGUGGCUAAAGAACAAAUUAAGAUAAUGGAGCUGUUCAAGCUCAUUUUAGUACAAUUGACAGGAGAAGAAGUUAAAGUGGAUGACAGGAAUGUUAUCGUUAAAAAUAUUGGAGAAAAGCUCAAGGGACAAAGAUAUUUCCUUGUUCUUGAUGAUGUGUGUGUUGCGGAAGCCCUACCAAAGUUAAGGUAUAACGAGUAA